CAGGAUCCCUAGCUUUGGGGGCAGGGGCAGCCACUGGAAGAGCCCUUUUGCCAUCGCAACACCUGUUCCUCUACUUGUUUCCUAAUCCCCGGACGCUUUCCUCCACCCUCCUUUUCCUCGCGCAAGUGAAAGGAAGCCAGCCUGCCAGUGUGGAAGGAGGGAUUUCGCCAGCUGCGUUUGCAGCGCCCAGGCUUGGUGGCCGCGUCGGGUGGGGGCAGCUGAGCUUGAUGUCUCCGAGGCGGGUGGAGCUUAGGGGGAGGGGAGUGCUAGUAGGCUUUCUUGGCGGCCACUCUCCAUCAUUCGGUGGCUGGGUUCUGAGGUCCAGGGAUACAAGGACCUAAGGGAGCCAGCCACCCGACAGGCUUUUGGGGGGCUUCGUUGGUAUUUGGGGAGGCGGCUGAGCAACGGGUGCUGAAAGGACAGCUCCUACCUGCCCCACUGCACCCAAAAGGCACCUCUGCGUGUCAAGUCUCCCCUUGGAACCCCCACCCCACCUCGAGUGGACCGCCUUCCAGGUGAGGUGCACGAAAGGCUUCCUCCGAGUAGCAGCUUGAAAGGAUGCACGUCCGGCUGCGCCAAGCUGGCUUCCCCGCUCUUUCCCCACUUCAGCGUCAGUCUUGGCCCUGGCAACAGCAGCCUGUACCUCCAAGCCGCGCGCUUCCUCCCGCCUCUGGCGGCGAAGGGCAGUGCGGCCAGGCCUAGCAAACCCUUCUUCUGGGGCCCCCAGCGGGAACAGGAAGGAAAGCGGAUGAGAUGCGCCCUAAGUGUCGCAUGGCUUGGAGAAGUGGGUAGCUCGGUUGCAUAAGGUGGAAGGAACUUAGUAGUUUGCAAAAGCCAGCUCUUGGCGGGAGCCGAAACCCAGAGCCCGCCGACUCGCAGCUCCCUCCCCCCCCCCGCCCAUUUAUUGCCUUCAACGCGCGCCUCCCCCACUGCGCCCCCACCCCCUAGGCGCGCCGCCGUCUCGCGCGCCCUCCCCCCCCAUACCCCCCUCCUCACUCCAGAGGAGGUGAGUUUAAACCCCGCCCACGUGACCCCAGCUGGGCCAAUGAGCGGCGGCGGGAGGUGAAAUCCGGUUCUAACCGGUCCGGGGCUCCCAGCGCUAUAAAAACUUUAUAAACCCCCCGGAGCCCGAGCAGUGUGAGGAAGAGGCGAGAGCGACCCCUGGAACGGCGAAAGCCCACGCGCCACUGCAUCCCCGUGUCCAGCGCGUACGUGCCGCCGCCGUCGCCACCAUGCCCAAGAGAAAGGCUGAAGGGGAUGCUAAAGGAGAUAAAGCCAAGGUGAAGGACGAACCACAGAGAAGAUCUGCAAGGUUAUCUGCUAAACCCGCUCCUCCAAAGCCAGAGCCCAAGCCUAAAAAGGCCCCUGCAAAGAAGGGAGAGAAGGUACCCAAAGGGAAAAAGGGGAAGGCUGAUGCUGGCAAGGAUGGGAAUAACCCUGCAGAAAAUGGAGAUGCCAAAACAGACCAGGCACAGAAAGCUGAAGGUGCUGGAGAUGCCAAGUGAAGUGUGUGCAUUUUUGAUAACUGUGUACUUCUGGUGACUGUACAGUUUGAAAUACUAUUUUUUAUCAAGUUUUAUAAAAAUGCAGAACUUUGUUUUACUUUUUUUUUUUAAGCUAUGUUGUUAGCACACAGAACACUUCAUUGUUGUUUUUUGGGGGAAGGGCACAUGUCACUAAUAGUUUGUCUCCAAAGCUGGAUUGACAAGGGGGAAAAACACCUUUCCCGUCUAGUUUUGAGAGACUUCCUCUUGGUUCCCAGGAAGGAGGGAUUCCUUGAUGUUGACACAGUAGCCACCUUGGCACAAAUGCCUUGUGGUAUGGAGAAACUAAAAUUAGUUUUUAUGUCCUCUUCUCCGUCUCCACCUUCAGCAUAGACUUGACUCCCUUAAACCCAGAGACCUGUUGGAACCUGACCCCCAAAGAUUGGUUACUAGUAUGUCAGGCAAUCUGGACUUUCCCGUGUCACCAUUGAGAUGGCUUCCCUCAAAAGAGCAGUGGUUCCUUUUUUAGAUUGUGGAUCUUCAGAUUGAUACUUCUGCCAUUUUCAUUUCCAUUUCCUGAAAGUCAGGGUCGGCUUGUGAAAAGUUGUUAAACAACAUGCUAAAUGUGAAAUGUCAACCCUCACUCUAAACUUGCCCUAUUCAGAGCAUCACAUGAAGACUUCAUUGGGUUUUAUAGUGGCUUUCUGAUUUUGGUAGUCCAUUGGAAAAGGGAGUUUGAAAGUUGUUGUAUACUGUUAACGAUUGUCUGCCCGUGUCCUGCCUGAAAUACCAUGAUUGUUUAUGAAAAGUAUCUUUAAUAAAGCUGGAUACAGUUUGGCUUGGAA